AUGGCCACUGUCGGCACAAAUCGCCCCGGUGGCUACGACCACAACCACAACCACCACCACCAUCACCACGAAAAUCCCCUCCAAGCAGACGACGAGUUUUCUCUAAGACACAUGAUGGACACCGAACCCAACAACAGCCCUAGCAGUGGGAGGAGGGAUAUUCUCAGUGGUAGCAGCGCAAUACCUUCAUCAGGUGCUGGUAGCAACAACAACGGCCUAGUCGAUAUCACAGCGACGCAAAAGAUGGUGUCGGCCAUGUCGGGCAGUUUGUUGACUUCAUUACUUGUCACGCCCCUCGAUGUCGUCCGUGUGCGCCUCCAGUCGCAAAAAGCUCCCCGAUCGACCGUCGACUUCUCCAAACUCGCAAUCACCACCUCCUCCCUCUCCCCCGCCCAAACCGCCGAACUUGGUAUCACAUCCUGCUGUCGUGAAGUCUUCUUUUCAGGCGGCAAUGCCGAAAUCUGUCUCGCCGCGCCUAGAAUAGAUGGCAUCACUGCACCUCCCGCCCCCGCCGAAUGCGCCGUCGAAGAGGUCCAACGCCGCACCUUUAGCUCUACCUUUGACGGUCUGCGGAAGAUUGCCCGCAAUGAGGGCGUAGCAACGUUGUGGCGCGGCUUAUCGCCUACCCUCGUGAUGGCGGUUCCUUCCAACAUUAUCUACUUCACUGGUUACGAUUAUUUGCGAUUCAAUUCGAACAGUCCUUUUUCACGAUUUUCUGAUACAUCGGCACCCUUGACAGCUGGAUCUGCUGCCCGUAUUCUGGCUGCCACAGCCGUGAGCCCGAUCGAGCUCGUCAAAACAAGAAUGCAGGCCGCUCACGGAGCUUCGACGACAAACCAUCUCAUGGAGGCUUUCGAAAGUGUGAAGGACAUGGUGGGGUCAAACGGCUAUACUGCACUGUGGCGAGGACUGACAUUGACCCUCUGGCGUGAUGUUCCUUUCUCGGGUCUAUACUGGUGGGGAUACGAGUCGAUAAGAUCAAGAUUGACCGAGUACCGAGAGCAGCGUCAAGGCAGCUCUCUAUCGCUUGAAGAGGAUUUCGCAGAAGUAAGAAGAAAGUCACAGGCCCAGGAAAACCACACCGAAACAUUUGUGGACGCUUUUACAGCUGGUGCUCUGUCUGGAGCCUUCGCUUCCUUUGUCACGACGCCUUUCGACGUGGGCAAGACACGCACACAGAUCUACCAGGCUGGCAGUGCCAGCGCAGCCGCCAAGGCCCCCGAACAGCGCAGUAUGGUGCGUCUCCUGUGGCACAUCUUCAACACCGAGGGCGCUGCAGGUCUAUGGAAAGGAUGGAUCCCACGAACCCUCAAGGUUGCUCCGGCAUGUGCCAUCAUGAUCAGCAGCUAUGAGGUUGGCAAGCGAACAUUCCGCGGCGUCAACGAGCGACGUCUCAACAGCACGAACGAUCGCUUGUGA